AUGGACUUCUACAGGAACAACACAAGCAUUCCACCGGUUUCCUAUCUUCAAUCAACUAUCACUAAUGUCCAUUAUUUCUCCCCUAGUUCGGCAUUGCCUGUCUUAUGGCAUGUCAAGUGGAGACUCAUCACCACUCUAAUACUUCUUCAAAUCGUAUACAAUCUUUUCUUUCAUCCUCUGCGAAAGGUUCCUGGUCCUUUCUUCGCCAAAGCCACUGGCCUUUGGAGAAUCAUCCGAUACUUUCGCGGAACCUGGCACGAUGAUAUUAUGGAUCUCCACCGACAGUAUGGACAGGUUGUCAGAAUAUCUCCUGGAGAAGUAAGCUUCACGGAUGAACAUGCAAUCAAGAAUAUCUAUGGCCAUGGGAAGCAUGUUGCAAAGUCUAGCUUUUACAACGGUUUCCUUGUACCCAAAAUGACGAUCAGCUUUUUUGCGACAAGAGACAACAAGGUCCAUCGAUUCCUCCGAUCACGCGUCGCAAGUACAUACUCCAUGACAUCGAUCCUCUCUAUGGAGUCAUUGAUUCAGGAUGUCUUGGACCUCAACUUCAAGAAGCUCGGCGAACGAGCAGACGAGGGCGAAAAAUUUGAAGUCGACAAGACUGUCAACUACUAUACCUCGGAUGUGAUUAGCCAGCUAGCCUUAGGUGGAAUGGUCGGAUGUGUAGAACAACAAAAAGACGUUGGGGGUAUGAUCCAAUCUGUCCAUGAUGGAUUCUACUUUAUGGGCAACUUGGGGGUACUACCCUGGCAGAUGUUCUGGAUCAACAACCCAGUAUCUAAAUGGUUCACCAAAAACUUUGGCGGCGAUCGCUUGAACGGCUUUGAUAUCUUUCUUGACUGGCUUGACAAAAGGGUAGAAGAGAGGAUGACUAAUGGCCUUUUACCUAACCAGCGGAGAGAUAUCCUUCAAAACUUUAUCGAAGCCAAAGAUCCUCACGGUCAACCGGCCAGUAAGGAAGAGGUUAUGAUCGAAGGUGUCAACGUCCUUGCUGGUGGGUCUGAUACAACUGCCUUCGGCAUUCUGUCAUGUCUCAGACACCUUCUCACUAGCCCUGACGCGAAGGCAAAGUUGAUAGAGGAGAUUGACCACGCCUACGAAGCACUUGGACUGGCGGCAGAGGGGCGUGAGAUCUCUUUUAAGCAAGCAGAGAAGCUCCCAUAUCUGUCUGCUGUCAUCACCGAGAGCAACCGGGUGCAACCUUCUAUCCAGUAUCAGCUACCCCGUACCGUCCCAUCAGAAGGAGCUCAGGUUGGAGACUAUUUUCUUCCUCCCGGCACAACUUGCGGCACUAAUUCAAGAGCGGUAAACUGUUCACGGGGAAUAUUUGGCCGGGAUGCAGAAGACUUCCGACCCGAGAGGUGGAUUGCCCAAAGCCCAGAAGACGAGGCACGGAUUAGGAAGGAGAAAUUACUCCUGAUGACGUUUGGUAUGGGUAGCCGCAGCUGCGUAGGAAAGAAUCUGGCAAUCGUCGAACUCUACCUGUAUAUCGCCCAGUUCUUUCGACAUUUUGAUGCUGAGGUGGCCAACUCGGCAAAGCCGUCGGGCAUCAAAUCGCAAUGGAUUUCUUUACAUCACGAUUUUGUGGUUACGAUUUCGAGGAGAGAUCAUUAG